AUGAAAGCCCUUCUCUUCCUCAGCAUUGCAAGCCUCACAGCCGCAACCGCCGCUGAAGAAAAGCACGGGCACUUCCACGCAACCGCCCACGAACACACCGGAGUGGAGCCGCAAUACUUCUUGCUCGACCUCAACUGCGACGUCAGUAACAGCACCAACCCCACCGAGCUCACUCUCACCUGUGACGUUCAAGGCGUGAAGAAAGUACCCGGACACAUCUACGACCCUAGUAAGUACCGCAUGGAAAUUGGAUCUGAAUCACCAGCCGAUGUCAACUUCUGGGAAUACAUCGUCCAUCAGAGGUCUCUUCAGCCUUUCACCGUCUCGCAAGGGUCUAUUCCUUCCGGAGAGAAAUCAAUCACGAUGUUGGCGGGUUGUUGGGCAUCUCUUAAGGAAUGGAAAGAUCUUGGACGUCCUGAGGCGGAUUAUGGCUAUCAGGUUUUGGAGGUAAGAGCUUUGCGCGAUUUGUGA